GCAGCUUUCAUUAAAGAAUUUAAAACAAUUCCACAGAUUGUAGAAUGAAAGCUCGUACUCCUUGAUGUACAAUGGAAAAUAUAAAACGUCAUUGAUCUUCAUGGUUUCAAGAAGCCACACGUGACACUGUGCGAUAACGGAAUGGCUAAUUCUACAAAUACAAGGUGGAAGAAUUUUAUGCAUAACGGACAAAGUCAAUUUAUGUACAUCCAUGAAAACGAAUUGAAAUUGACUGACCUAGACCUACAAAAGAGUCCUAAAUGCAAGCUACUUGUUCAGCUAAAAUUGCUGCCUUCAGAUGUGAGCAAAGAGAAAGUAAGAGUGUUUGUCCUUAGUUUGAUCAAGUCCAUUGAUUAUGAAGGCGGCCUUCUGAUCGAGCUUGACGACUAUGUCGCUAAUCUCAUUGGAAGUGAAGAUCUCAUAACAAAGAGAAAAGUCAAAGCGAUGAUGACAGCCUCCAAUUUUGAAUUAUUAAAAAUGAAAUAUGAACCGAAAAGCAACACGAAUAUAGCUGCCUACUCAAAGUUCAAGUAUAUUGUUGUGAUAGAUAACAAAGAACUAAAGAUGAAUUUAGAAGAAACCGACAAAUUAUAUAGAUGUGAGGUGAGAAUCUUUGGAAGUAGAGCGCGAAAACCGGAACAUACCACAAAAAGUGAAAGUGAAGAUGAAUCUGAUGUUGAUGAUUUCAGCGGUUCUAGUUUGCUUGACGAACCUGACGGCUUAGGUGGUGACGACAGCACUGCCGAUAAUGAGGAUAAUGAUGGUAAUGGUUAUGAAGAAGUGUUGGACGAAAAUGAACAAAACUCAAAGAAUAAGUUUGUUCAGCUAUCUUUCGGGGAUGGUCAAAGGAAAAGUCUUUAUCCUGCUUUGAAAUUAGAAACUUGUAAAUUGGACAUUCUAAGAAAACAUAUCUAUGAAGGAGCAAUAAAACAUUAUAACAUUCAGCCUAAUGAAAUAGAAGCUUUUUACCUGGGCCUAGCACUGACCCAUGUGAAUAAAAGUUUGAAUGCAAAAGCUGAAAAGUUUAAAUUACAAUGGAUGGAAGAAAGCCUGAAACAAGUUUUACAAGUAAUUGUGACAGACUUCAAAACAGACUUCCUAGAGCAACUGCUGAAUCGUUACGAAUCUUUUUCAACUGUAAAAAAAAAUUUAUUAAUGGUUGCUAAAAACCUUGACAAUCUAGAUGAAAACCUUAAAAAGUACACAGAUUUUCUGGAUAUAUCGUCCUUAGACUGUUUUAUGAUACUUUUCAUAGACGCUAUUGAGAAAAAUAAAUUUGAUGCAUCACUUUACUACUGGACAAAACAGGAUAAUCUGAUUGGGACGGCAUUACUUGCGCAGUAUGUUUUGAAAAGAAAAAAGAAAAAAGCUGUGUUUCAAACUGAGAAAGAUAAAUAUGAAAAAUAUUUGAAGAUUUACGAGGAUAUUGCUGUUACAGUAUUGAGAUCCUGCUAUGGCUGCCACAGGAGCAGAACGUCGUUACUUCUGAUAAAUAUAUCUAAAAAUUGGAAAGAAUCCUGUAUUACGCUUGCCUUACAAACUAAAAACAAACUGUUUCUACAACAAGAGGCUUGUGUUAUGAUUAAUGAUGUACAUUGGCGCACUUAUCUGGGGGAUGCUCAUAAGUCAUUACAAUCCAGCCGCGACAAAAAAGAAUCUUUUCUUUCACCCCAUGGACGUUGUAAAAUGGAUAUGAUCUCCUAUUUGAUAUUUUUAACAGCUUACAGCUUUCUGUUGGUCUCAACACUACACCAGACAACGUUUCACUGGCUGGAGGCUGUGGUCAUGGUCUAUAUAGUUACCUUUAUUGUAAAGGAGUUCGACCAGUUUUUCAAAAAUCUGAAAAGGAGCUGGCGCUAUAUUUACGAUCCAUUUAAUAUCUUGGAUAUGCUGUCAAUUACGAUUGCCAUCCUUGCCUGGUCUCUUCGGUGGGCGGCUUACACCAAACCCGAAGAGGAGAGACUGAUGAUCGCAGCUCGCUACCUUCUGUGUCUUAACUUCAUGCUCUACAUGUUCCGUUUCCUGGAGUUCUUCUAUCAGAACAAAUUUCUUGGACCCAUUUUGGUACUCAUCAUAAACAUGGUGAAAACCUACAUUUAUUUUCUUUUAAUACUGGCGAUCUUCUGGGUGACCUACUCCGUAGUAUCAGAGAGUAUAUUAUUUCCAGAGAAGGAGCUGGAAGCAGAUAUCGUCUAUUCAGUCUUUCGCAGAGGAUUCUGGGCCAUGAUGGGAGAAUAUUUCCUAGAUGAAAUAGAACACUACUCAGUUGGUAAUUGCAACAAUCUGAACUCAGCCAAUACCUCUAUAAAUAGCUGCCCAACUAAAGACGGGGAAUACUCCGUGCCAGUUUUGUUGGCUGCCUAUGUUUUGUUUGUUCAGAUUCUGAUGUUCAGCUUACUCAUCGCCUUGUUCAACAAUGCUAUCUCAGAAAAUGAAGCAAAGAGAGACAUGAUCUGGAGGUACCAAAAAUUUCUGAUGACCCUUCAGUAUUCGAAGAGCAAAAUUCUAUUACCUCCUUUUUUAAUUGUAAUUUUCUUACUAAAAGGAAAGUAUGGAAAUCCAUUUAAAUCAGAUUUAAGGAAAAAAAACAUUUUUCUGAAGAACUUUGAAAAAGGCGCAGCAAAAAAGAUAAUUUAUGAAAUCGUCCAUUGUAGAUAUGGUAAAAACGAUGCAGAAGAUAUGAAAGCAUUUUUUGUUGCACAAGUCAAUAAAUUGUUAACCGAGCUACCAGAAAAUGUUCUGAAAAGUCAAAUAAUGGCUGAAUUGCGGAGAGGUGCGGCACAAAAAAAAUCACAAGGCUUUGACGAUCAGCUCAACUCCAGCAGACUUGAAGAAGACAAGCUCACCGGCUUAGAUGGUGGCAGAAAAUACCCUACAACAAGACUAUAGAUUCAGGACAUUGCAUCUGCAAACUUCUGGAACUGUUAUUAACAUUAUAUAAAUUCAUUUUACAAUUUACAAGAUAGAUACCAUGGCUACUGCGUUAACAUCAGUUUCUUUAAUAAUCUAGGAAAGACGUCUCGGCCUUCUGUCCCCUGGUUACAUUUUGUAUGUGCAGUAACAAUCAGUUCAACUCAUAUUCUACUAUUCCAUAUAUUUUAGUAACGUCACAUAUUGUGCUGCGUUCAAUAUCCGACCUGGUUGGGUGGCAUCCUAUAUACUUCUUAAUAGUUUACUGUAUAACGUAAAAUGGAUACAUAUAUCAGAACGAUGAAUCGUGAUUACCUAGUGAUAUUUGAUAAAAUUACAUUUAACAAUGCUAACUGGUAAAUAUGAGUCUUAUCCCAGUUGAUAUGAUUUUAAAAGAGUACUUUUAAAAUUUAGGAUUGGCGAACGAAACGUAGAACCUAGACAUAUACAGAACUAUAGAUAAAUAUAUUUUUACUUUGCUGGAUUUGUAAUUGUUUUUAUGUGUACAGUUUUAAUGAAAGCCAUAAAUCAUAUAUCAUCUUAACCGUUUCGAUUUAUGACGGUUGACAGCGUCGUCAUUGUGGCCAGCACCACGACCAGCCGUCAUUACAUCUUCAACGCAUGUUAGGUACCCAUUAGAGUUGCCAGGACUAAACGACUUCCAAAAAAAAACAAAACACUAUAACAUUGUGCUUUUAUCAUCCACCCCCAGCACCCUUCUCCCCCAGAAGAAAACUAGGUCUGAAAAUUUCAUAUUACGUUAUUGAAUUUAUUUUAUGAAUUGUUCAUAACUACUCUGUUUUUUUAUUUUUAUUUUAUAAAGAAAACGUACUAUAGAUUUUAAAUGUUUUUCUUUUUUUUUUUGUACGCUAGUCCAUUAAAUAAAAGUUUAAUUUAUUGACUUACUUGUUGGACGUUUUACUAUCACAGCUAUUAUAUUAU